AUGAGAGGUCCAGCCACCAACGCCCGCAGCCUCCUCGCGGUUCUCCUUGCGACCGGGAUUCUGGUUCCUUUUCUCACGGCCCUCCGUUUGUUCAUCAUCAUCCGCAAGACACGCAUUGGGAAGUUUUCGGCGGCCUAUUUUGGAGAGGUGUUUCUGGUUGUGGUUGCAGUGUUGAACACCGUUGAGACGGUUCUGUGGUUCUGGAACUCGUGGGAGGAGCUGAAUGGUGGUGUGGAUGCGAUUGGCGUGCGGUAUCUUCAGCGAGCAUUCUGGGCCUCCAUAACAUAUACCGUACAUCUCUGGGUUCUCAAGGGCGCUUUCCUCUCCCUUUACUACGACCUAGUACCAACACUCAACUGGAAGUCUCGAUGGCUCCUCUACGUUACUACGGGGUUGACAGUGUUGUCCUUCCCGGGAGUUUUGACUGGCCAGGCGCUGUUUUGUAGGCCUAUUAACCGGAAUUGGUCUAUGGAAUCGGACUUCUGCACGCACAUCACGUCCAGGACUUGGAUUGUGGCUUCCUCAUGGGCUAAUAUUGCGACCGACUUACUAAUUUCCGCAAUACCUCUCUGCAUCAUCUCGACGUUAAAACUUAGCACUCGUGAACGUUACGGAUUCAUCGCCAUUUACGGCCUCUGCUCUCUUUCUAUCUUCGCCUCUAUCUUGCGCUUCUCGGUCCUUACGCACGACGCUACCACUUCCCCACCCCCCAACCUCAAGACCCUGCACGCGGUGAUCUUCUGGUCCACUAUUGAGGUUCUCUGCGCUCAUAUCUGCUACUGCAUCCCCGCUUUCCGUGUUCUAGUGCGUAAGAAAAAGGAACGCCGCCCCAGCAAUGCGGCCAGCGAACGGUGCAUCGAAAGCCGUGCGACGGUACGGACUACACCUGUCACGGGUGGCGGUGGGGAGUGGUUCGAUUAUGACAUUGUGUCCCCGCUAGAGGAGAGCCCUAUUACACCGUUGACUGGAGGUAGCGGUGAAAGCGGAAUACGAGGUGAUAGGAGGAGUUGGCUUCCGAGAAGAUGGUCGAUAAGGGGUCCGCCCGAAGUGAGGACUGUACCGGCGGGAUUGGAAAGGCAGCCUACAACGCUGGACAGGAAUACUAGUAGAGGGAGGGGGUGGACGCUAGUUGCGACGGAGGAUAGGGUAUCGGCGGACUUGGUGUAA